GGGGCUAGUGCUGGAGCGCGGCUCCGAGUAGGAGCCAAUAUGGCGGCCGAGCGCAAGACGAAAUUGUCCAAGAACUUGCUGCGCAUGAAGUUCAUGCAAAGGGGACUGGACUCGGAGACCAAGAAACAACUAGAAGAGGAAGAAAAGAAAAUCAUUAGUGAAGAGCACUGGUAUUUGGAUUUGCCAGAGCUUAAAGAAAAAGAGUGUUUCAUAAUAGAAGAACAGAGUUUCUUGUUAUGUGAAGAUCUUCUCUAUGGAAGAAUGUCAUUCAGAGGAUUUAAUCCUGAGGUUGAGAAAUUAAUGCUCCAGAUGAAUGCUAAGAACAAAGUGGAAGAAGUUGAAGGUGAAGCAGUGGAGCUCGAUGUGUCAGAUGAAGAAAUGGCCAGAAGAUAUGAGACCUUGGUGGGGACAAUUGGAAAAAAGUUUGCCAAAAAAAGAGACCGUGCCAAUUAUGAAGAAGAUGAAAAUGGACACAUAAAACCAACAGUUAAAGUAAAGAAGAUGUUUCUAAAGCCCCAGGAUUAAAGUAAAUGCUUUGAGACAGAGCUCAGGAAAGCCUCGAGAGAGUUAGCUUAUUGUGGAACUCAUUCUGAUGGCUUCUCUGUAGUUAUUAAUACUAUAAUGUUUAUUUGUAAAGAAAUGGAUAAUUUUGGAAAUAUGCCAUUUUUGAAAUAGAUGUGUGGUGGAUGUUAUACAUCCUUUACUCAAUGGUGUUCAUCAGGAAUGGAUUUUUAGCCCUCGAUCUUCAAAUGUACAGAGGUAUGUGGUUGCUUCCUAAAGAUCUUUUUGACCUCAGAUUUUUUUUUUAAUGGAGCUUUCCAGUCGCUGACCUUGAAUUGACACACAUAAAUUAAACCAAUGUCUAAAUUGCCCUUAUGUUUGUAUUUUACUUUAAAUUAUUAAUCAUGCCAAGCCAAUUUAUCCAUGCAUUUUGGAAUCGAAUGUCAUGAGGACUUAGCAUAUAUAAAUUCAUUAAGAACCAACAUGCCUCUCCAGCCUGAAGUACUUGCAUGCUGCCAAGUCAUUGUUAGUUUGUGGAAUUACGGAUUUUUGUUUAAAGCUUUUAUUAAUAAAAAUUGUUCUGUAAUAA